AUGUCAUGUCGUUUCUUAAUUUUUUUAUUAAUCAUUAUUUCGAAGAGUUUUUCAUCAAUACAUUUACCACCUAAUAAACAUCAAUUACAAUAUAGUUUUAUAAAUACAAAUUCUAAUCAGAUAAAUGAACGUGUUAAACGACGUACAACGUCAGAUAUAUUUCAGAUUCAUAUUCAUUAUGAUAUAAGUGUUAAAAAAUUAUUAAAAGAAGAACAAAGAUUAGUUAAAGAAGCAGUCGAAACUGCGACUAAUUACUGGAGUAAAGUGAUUCGACCAAAAUAUAAAUUAACUGAUCGAAUACGAUUGACAAGACAAUGUCCAUCACGAAAAAUGUUUAUUGUUGAAAAUGAUUUUUCCAUACAUUAUUGCUCAGAAAAAUGUUUAGAUGAAACACAAUGUGGUGAUAUUAUUGUGCCUGAUGAACAUUUACAACAAUGUCAUGUUUGUAGUAAAGAUAAAAAAUGUGAACGAAUCGGCUCAAAAGGCGUGGGUGUAAAUGCUGAGUUUAUUUUAUAUGUAUCAGCACUUGAAACAAAUCGAUGUGAACCAAUAGAUACAUUAGCUACAGCAUCCUUUUGUCAAUUGGAACCUAAUCGAGACAGACCAAUUGCUGGCAACAUUAAUAUCUGUCCAAAACGUUUGCGAGGUGAUCGUGAUUCAAUAGACUUCGAUCGUCUUAUUAGUACAGUAAAACAUGAAAUUCUUCAUACAUUGGUAUUUUCUACUGGUCUUUUUGCGUUCUUCCGAGAUAUUCAUGGUGAGCCAUUGACUGAACGUGAUCCAGCAACACGAUGGCCUAAAGUUUAUGAUGAAAAAUUACAAGUAUACACACCUAGUGAACAAGUAGUUAAAAAAGUAUUGAGAACAAAUUGGAAAAUUCGCGGUAGAACAAUUGAUAAGGAAGUCUCAUUGUUGGUUACACCAAAAGUUCAAGCUAUUGUACGCGAACAUUUUGCGUGUCGAACAUUAGAAGGUGCUGAACUUGAAGAUCAAGGAAGUGUAGGUACAGCAUUAACUCAUUGGGAAAAACGAUUGUUUGAACAUGAAAUUAUGACUGGUACUUAUACUCAAGAAUCAGUUAUUUCGAAUUUAACAUUGGCUCUAUUAGAAGAUAGUGGAUGGUAUGAUGUAUCGUAUGAAUAUGGCAAACCUCUUCUAUGGGGACGUAAUCUUGGUUGUGAUUUUGUUAAAACAAGUUGUAAACAAUGGAUAGAUUCAAAACUUGAACAAAAAGAAAGCCCUUAUCCAUUUUGUAUUUCAUCACCAAGACCUAAUCUGUUGAAACGUAUCUGUGCAUAUACAUAUGAUAAAAUAGUAAUGUGCAAUCUUAUCGAAUAUUCUACUGCUUUACCAAAUGAAUAUCAGAUAUUUGAUUCUCUACCAAAUAUUACUGAUGAAAAUGAACUUGCACGUUUUGGUGGACAUGUUAUGUUAGCUGACUAUUGCCCAUAUGAUCAAGAAUUAGCAUAUAAAAAUUCCAAUCGUGAUUCACGAUGUUAUCGAUCAGAAAAUCAACCACCAAAUACAGAGAAUUAUGCACUAGAGAAAUAUUCUGUACAAUCUAAAUGUUUUGAUCAUGGUUCUGUAUGGGAACAAUAUAUCGAUCAAUGUCGAAAAAAACGUCGUAUUGCUCCACAAGUAGCUGGAUGCUAUCAAUUUGAAUGUGUAUCAAACGAAGGCAUUUAUGUACAUAUUGGAAAAGAAAAGUAUCUUUGCGAAUAUCAAGGUCAAAAUAUAACUAUUGUAGCUAGUCAAUACAAUUCAAUAUAUAGUGGAUCAAUUGUUUGUCCUGAUUGUCAGAUUAUAUGUGGUUCUUUGAAUAAUUUUCAAUGCCCUUUAAUAAAAAAUCUUCCUCAUGGAAAAAUGAAACAACAAUCAGAUACCCGUUUAACUAUAGAAAAUAUCUGUGGAAGUUUAAAACAAAAUGAACAAUUACCAAUGUCAGAUACAAGCAAUCAAUUACAUAUACAACGACGAUUAAUUUGUUUUAUCUUGCUUCUUUGUCUUCUUAAUCUUCAAAACUUAUUAUAA